UCCAUGUCAUUCGGUGUCACAUGAAUCAGACUGAGGCUCAGGAAGCUCGCAGAGAAAACUACACCGACCUCAUCACUGUGUACUCUGAUGAAGACAACACUGAACUGGAUAAACUGGUGAAUGAUGGUGUCAGCUGGACUUUCUGACCAGUAAAAUGGUCUCAGCAGUCUUCUGUAUGAUGACUAGAACACAGCUGGUGUGACAUCAGCACAGUGAGGUGUGUUAAAGAGGUUUGUUUCGAUCACAGAGCCUCCAUUCAGCCCCGAGGACCUCACCAGGGCAUCACCUCAGCAUUGGCAUCACCAUGGUAACCGUGCCUGUCCUGUUCCUCCUGCUCUCAGCUUUUUCUCCUCUGGUCCACAGCCUCACUACCUUCCAUGUCAUUCUGGGUAACAUGAAUCAGACUGAGGCUCAGGAAGCUUGCACAGAAAACUACACCAACCUCGUCACUGUGUACUCUGAUGAAGACAACACUAAACUGGAUAAACUGAUAAGGAAGGAGAAUAUCACUUCCAGCUGGAUCGGACUCUCUCGUGGUCAGUUCAAUGAGAAAUGGUCUAAUGGUGAUCCUGUAACAUUUAUAAAUGUGAAAUGGGAUUCUGGGUCAUUACCCUGCUGUGCUGCUGUGAAAGCUGAUGGUGGAUGGGAAAGACUUCAGUGCACAGAACCAAGAUAUUUCAUGUGCUAUGAACAAGAUGCUUCCUCACAGACUCCUAAAUAUCAUCUAAUCCUUCAGACUAAGACCUGGUAUGAAGCUCAGAGUUACUGCAGACGGAACUACACUGACCUGGUCAGCAUCAGAGAUCACCAGCACAAUGAAGAGGUGAAGAGUAAAGGGUUAAAAAACAGCAGCAACACGCCCUUCUGGAUCGGCAUGCUGUGGGAUGACUGGCAGUGGACUGAUGGAGGAAACUCCAUCUACAGAAACUGGGAUUGGAAUAGCAGUCAAUCAUCAGUCAUUCAGUUAUCACCAUUCAGCUGUGUAGUACUGAGUGGAGGGAGAUGGCUCUCAGUCCCAUGCAGUGAUAAACACCCUGCUCUGUGUUACAACACUUCCAUCCAUGUGAGUGAAGUGACUCUGAGCUGGGAGAAAGCUCUGGAUUACUGUCAGGAAAAGAACAGAGCUGGACUGCUGCAGAUUGAGUCUAAAGAUGACCAGACUGAUGUGGUGAAAGAACUCAGACGGGGGGGUGUCAAUGACCCUGUGUGGGUGGGGCUUAGACAGAGCCGACUCUUUGGGUUCUGGAUUUGGCCCGAUGGGAAGGCUGUGUUUCCGUACUCCAACUGGGAUGAAGGGAAACAGCCUGAGCAUCAGCUCUCUCAGCACUGCGGCGCCGUCGUUCCACAGAGAGACUACAGAUGGAGAGACAUGAACUGUCGGGCUCAGUACAGGGUUCUGUGUCACACCAAAUGUUCAUGAACCACAGCGGGUUCUCUGGCUCCUUAGGGGUUCUUUGUUUUCUGAAAGUGUUUUAUUUUGAAUUCUGUCUGAAGUAUGAUGCUGUAGAGAUACCGUAACACUCCUCCCAAGAGAACCCCAUAUUUUCCUUCUUCCUCCAUCUCUCUCUCUCUCUCUCUGUAGAUGUGAAUGGUUUAUUAAUAGAUGGUGUAUUUCACUAGAUGUUUAUUUCCUGUUGUAGUUCUUGCAGAUGGAACUGCUGUGGUUUGGGGGUUUGGGUUCAGACUGAAUGUAGAUUCCUGAUAUUUUAUCUUCUUGAAGUGUCGUGUCCAUUUCUUCUGAAUGAAAGCGGAUUCAUUUAAUAAGCUUCUUCACUAACGAUGUA